UAAAAGGGCGUGCGCUCCCGGGUCCCACGUGCGGGCAGCUGGAGGAGGCGCGCAGGGAAGCGGCCCCGCGAACGCGCCAGAGGCCGGGUGGCGCGAUGCAGCCGGCGCAGGAGCUGGGGCUCGGGGACUCAUCCCUGCACCGGUACCUGGACGGCGAGUUCUGGAGCCUCAAGAAUGAGCUGCUCCGGCUUCUGGGCGGCUGCCAGCUCUUCCGGCACAGGUAUGACUUGAGUCUGGAUGAAAUGAGAGCUUUGACGUUUCAGAGAGUAACUUUUACCAUGGGUCUACCUCUGGUAAAACAUGCAAUGCAGGAUCAGGCAGAGAAAACAAAGAAUUUUGUCAGUUGGAGACUAGUCAUAGGAGAAGUCAUCUCCAUAGCGGACGUGGCCACAGGAGUAAAGUGUGGAAUCAUUUACUGGCUGUUAGGUGGUGCCGUCGGGAACCUCGGGAGCCCAGCACAUGUAGCUAAAUGGCUUCAGCCACUCCAGGAGCAGAAAUACACGGGGAUGUUUGCAAUGACCGAGAGGGGCCACGGGAGCAACGUGAGAGGGAUCCAGACGGAAGCCACCUUUGACCUCUGCACAGACCUGUCCCAGGAGUUUGUAAUCGACACACCGUGUGAAAAUGCUGAGAAGAUGUACAUCGGAAAUGCCAUGUACGGGAAUUAUGCAGCGGUCUUUGCCCAGCUCAUCAUAAACGGAAGAUCUCAAGGGCCUCACUGUUUCAUCGUUCCUGUCCGCGAUGAAAAUGGAAGCUUGUACCCAGGAGUGACGGCUAUUGAUAUGAUGUAUAAAGAAGGUCUGAAUGUUGUGGAUAACGGGAUCCUGAGAUGUGACAGGGUUCGGAUACCAAGGGAGAACCUGCUGGAUAAGUUCGGUUCUGUGGCUCCAGAUGGGCAGUACCACUCCCCCAUUAAGGACAAGAGUGCAAGACUCAAUGCAAUGCUGGCAGCGCUGACUCCUUCAAGACUGGCCGUGACUUUCCAAGCUAUGGGCUCUAUGAAGGCGGGUUUGCCAGGUGAUGGGGAGACCCCUCGCAGAGCCAGACGGGCCUCAGACCCGCAUGGUCCAGAUACGGCCAAUGUGUCGUGCCUGACGGACCCCAGCCACUGUGAUCUCAUCGUGCGCAUCUCUGGCGAGGAUGAUCUCACCAACCCCUUGGCAGCCUCCCCUCCUACGGCUCAAGCACAGGACAGAUGCUUUCUCAGCUGA